AUGUUAGAGCAAGGUUGGAAAGAAGUUUCAGUUGAUACCAUAUACAAUUGCUGGAAUCAUACUCAAAUUCUUCUACCUAGUAUAGGUUAUUUGAAUAAUCUUCAUGAAACUAAUGAUUCAGAGCUUAGAGAUCUUAUUAGUUUACUUGAUACAUUUUGCCUUUCCAAUACAAUGAAGGUUGAUGAAUUUCUUAAUAUUAACAGUGAAGAAGUUAUUUAUGAAGUCCCCCCAGAAGAUCAGGCUAUUAAAGAGCUAGCUUAUAUAUUCAAAAAUGAUAAAAACAUUGAAGCUAUAAAUGAUGAAAGUAUUGAAGUAAUAGAUGAUAAAAUGGAUGACAGUAUAAAGUCUGUAAUUAUUAGUAGUAGUUCAGCAUUAAAUAGCUUAGAAAGUGUUUGGAUGUUUUUGUUGUAG